CGACAUCUCUUGAUCUGAGAGAUUCUUAGAUUCGGAUUCCGCUUGUAAAAAAAAAUAAAUCAUAAAAGCAUGUUAGCUUUAAAUUUUUAAUAUAUACAUAUAUAUUUUUUAUAUCUUUUUAUAAUGAGUUGAAUAAGUCAGAAAAUUUUUCAUAGAUCCGAUUCAUGCUGUGUGGCCCGAAUGGAUGAAUUGGUGUUCUGUGGAUGCUUUCUUUUUAACUACGACCGACGAUGUUGUCUUUUAUUUUGAACGUGGUCGACUGAUCUAAGUCAAAUGACAUUUUUCUGCUGCUGAACCAUCCUCUUGCUAUGUCUUUGAUUCGAGCCAUAAGUAGAAUUUAUCCUGUUAAUACCGUGCCAGAAAUUUUAUCGAAACUUUUAUCUCCUAAAGAAUUUGGGACUCCUCGCAGAGGUGAUAAAGUCUACCUUAAAGAUCCGAGAAGUGAAGUGAUAUAUGUAGUGGAGACGACAUAUCUCGUUGAAACUUUUGAUAAAUCGGACAACAUCGACGAGAGAAUUUCUCUGGAUCUCGAAAAAUUCCCCGGCUUAGUAUAUGCUCCGGAGAACAGCCUACUCCUAAGCCCCGAGAACGGCAGGGAGAGUUGUAAGAAUUACGCCGCGCUUUCACUUCCCAAAAGCAUCCACUGGGAUGAAGUGUUUAAUAUCGCGGACAAGAACACUGACGCAGAGCGUUCAAAUUCUGAUAAUGGGCCGUUGUUGAAUUCUGAUGAAAGUACCGAAAUCCAUGGCAACUCUUCCGAAAGAGUUCAUGAAGACGAAAAAUUGCAAUUGGCGAGCGAGGAGUCUGAGAGGUGCCCUGGCCUUAAACUCCGCUUUAACCUCAGGAAGAUCCAGAAGGAUCGUGCCGACCGGCACGCGCUGAAGAAGGCCAGAGGGAAACUCUUGCAGUCGCUCUUGCGGUAUUUCAUUGAAAGCGAGUGCUUGAUCUGCGGAUUUGUCACUUCCAAAUGGAGUAAACACACCAUCGUCAAGCACUUAUCUAGUCACAUAGAUGGCAGAUAUUAUAAAUGCGACUGUGGCAGCCAGUUUUCUUCGACGAAACCUUUCUACCUUCAUACUAUCAAGCAUUCUAAAUUAAGGCCGUACAGCUGUGAUACCUGUCAAAGACAGUUCCACAGGAAGCACUCUGUAACUGUACACCAGAUAAAGGAUCACAUGAUUUCAAGUAAGAAUGGUUUCUUGCCGAAGCAGAAAUUCACGCCACUGUUUAUUUGUUCUGUGUGCAAUAUCAGGUUGGAGUCCAUCGAUUCAGUGGUCGCCCACAAAGAGAAACAUGCUGGCGAAGAAAAUUAUCAAUGUUUGUUCUGCGGUAAAUUCCUCACUGGCACUUGUCUGCUACAUUAUCACGUGCAUUUUCGAAUCCUUGACCAGUCUUACGAUUGCGGAAUGUGUGGUAAGCAGUUCACUUCGUAUAGAAAAAUGCGGAAACAUCGUAAAUCUCAUAUUAGAAAAAUAUGUGUGUGCAAAAUGUGUGGGAAGAAAUUCUACUUUCAAAGUAAUUUUCUGAAACAUGUAAGACUUUUACAUGAAGCUUAUUAAACAGUUCAACAACCCAUUCCAAAGAAACUGUUGAUUUUAUAUCCCGAACUGAAAUUUGUGUUUUAAAAAUGAUUGCAUGUUUGUAAUGGUGAUUGUGUAUUUUGUGCAAUUUUUGUCAUUCCUGUGAUGUAUAUUGAUUAGAUUACUUAAGAUUUUUUAUUGAGGUUUCUACAAGGUCUUAAAAUAUUAUUAUUAAGAACUGUUAUGGUUUAACAGUUGCUAAUUAUGUGGAGUUUUCUGAUGAUUAUGAAAAAUUAAUAUGAGCAUUUUAUAUGAUGUAAUGUAUUCUAUGUAAACUUUAUGUGGACUGUUUUAGAUGUUUAUAUACAGCGAUUUUUUAAUGCUUCCAUUAAUGAAUUGAUUUUAUUUGAUGUCACGUAAGGUACUGAAAUGUGGACCUCAAUAAUGUGAAAAAGUGUGGAGGAUAACUGAAAUUUCUUACAUUGAAAUGAUCAGUAGUUAAGCUUAUUUUUGAAUCGAUGGAUGCAAAAAUGGCUACCCAUUUUCGGGUUCUUGAACAAAUAGGACUUUUUUUUUUUUAUUUUACAGCGAUAACAAUGCAUUCAUGUUCGACAUUGUGGCUAUUUUUUGUUACAAAAUUGCAAAUACUCUGCACCAUUUCUCUUUGUUGCUGUAUUACUAAUGACAGAAUGAAAUUUAAUGUGCUUACUAUUUAGCGAAAAUUCCCCAAUAAGCUGAGUGAAUAAAUAAUUAGCUCAAUAAAGCCGAGAAUCCCCUUCUUGGAGCGUGCACAGAGAUAUGAAGGCCUAUAACCAGUGGUGGCUUGUCACCUUAGAAACAAUUGGUAUUGCAUGAAGUGUUCCUCAUGAGCAUGGAAUUUCUUUGGGGGGAUAUUAUUUUUUUUUUUAAUUUUAUUUUAACCUCAAAGGAACUUAUAAUUUGUGUUCUAGGAAAGUAUCGAUUUAUUUUCUUAGAAAGUGACUUUUAAAUGAAUUAAAAUAAAUAAAUAAAAUGUUUCCCUGAUGGCAAUGUAGAGGCGGAAUGGAACCAGUGAGAGAAAAUGAAAAGAAUGUAGUAGGAAUUCCUUAUGUAGGAAUUGGAAGAAACGAGUGGGAGUGGUCUAAUCAUAUCUUUCUCGGAAUAAAGGAGACCCGUCGUUUUCCCAACCGAUUGAAACCGAAAUUUGAUAAUGAAACAUAUUUGCAGUGACAGAAUCGCAAUCCAGAUUUGAUACAUUAUUUAAGCCAUUGCUUUUUUGAGUUAUCGCGUUUACAUGCUUCUAAAAGUACAGACCGACAGAAGGUCAACCCCUCUUUGCAUUUGGCUCAAAAUUUGAUAGGUGGCAAAUAUGUGUAUCGAAUUGUAUCUCUGAUUCUUUUCAUUUUGUAAUUAUCGUUUUAACCUGUGCUCGAAUAGCCAGAUAGACAUUCCUCUGAAUAAAUGUUGCUCAAAAAUGGGUAGAAAUCUACAAAUUGGAUGUAAAAAUUAUAUACCAAAUAUUAUCCGUCUAGUUCAAAGCAUUUUUGAGUUAUCUUUGUCACAGGCAGGUAUUUUCCUAAAAUUGGUUUUCCGAACCCAGAGAGAUCUUAAACUUGGAGUUUCGUCAUAUUUUUACAAUACUUUCUAGUACGAAAAAAAAAAAAAAAAAAAAAAAAAAAACGGUUGUUGGGCGUUAAACCAGACAUGUCGAAAAUCCAUCUCAAAACUAAAUACAAAGUGUAAGAUUGUAUUACUCAGUUGUGUGCGGUAAGCAAAUUGUAAUGCUUUCGAAAUUUCUCAUUUGCUUUGAUCUUCGAAUGUUCAGAAUGCAAAAAUAAGCAAAUAAUGUCUUAAGCGGAAAUACACGAGUUUUUAAAAUGAACCAUUUCAAAUGCUGCGGCCCUAUCGGACAAGCCGCCACUGCUUAUAUUAUCAUUAUUUUUCAUUUUAUUAUUAUCGAUCACGUUACGCUAUUUUCGCCAUUUAUCUUUUAUUCUGGAAGGAACCCAUUUCUUGAAUUCAGUGUAUCAUAGAAUCUACUUAGAGGUCGAGAAAGUUCGAAUUUAGAAUUCUUCAUAUAUGAAAGGUGCAGAAUUCCAUUUUUUUAAAAAAAAUGUCUAUGUGUGUUUGUGGGUUAUAUAUUAUUGUGGUUUUUAAGAACCAAUUAUGUAUAUGAAUUACCUCGUAAGAAGCAGAUAUUCGUCGCUGUAUAAAGUAGUGAUAGCUCAUGUGUAUGCAUCUAGCAAUAUUUUUUACUAAAAACAUUAUCCUGUUUCCUUUGAGAUGUACUUCAAGAGUUUUAUUACUUUUUUUUUAAUAGGAGCAGGAUAAAAAAAAAUAGUUCCUUUUUUGAAACCAAAUAUCUAUGUUGUGUAACAUUGGAAAUUUCUACUUUCAUAUUGUAAAAAAUUUGUAAGCCAGUGGUUUCUGAUCAGUUGAACGAAAUUAUUAUGAUCUAACAUAGUUUUAAAAAGAAUGUUGAUUUCAUUAUCAUUUCCUUUAUCACAGUUUGCUAAAUAUAAUAUGAAUUUGUCAUAUAUCAUAUUUUUUUUCUCCAAUUCAGUUAAUGAAAUAUAUUUGCGAAACGCGAAAUAGGAUACACAGUUACAUUCUCCCCUUUUAGUUGAUUUAAAUAACGAACUCAUGAUCCACAUUGUUGAGAGGUUCAAACUUCUAAAUGUAUAUCCUUGCGUUCAUCUUUUUUUUUUUUUUUUUUUUUUUUUCAGCUGAGUAAGUAUACUUUAGUUAUAAAUAUUGUUAUAAAUUCCCUUAUAUGGAAGACCACGGAAAAGAAUAAUACCAUUUAGAAAACAUUUUAUCAGAUUUACUUUAUUAAUAAUUUCGAUUUUAUGUCCGUUUUUUAUUAGUUUUUCAAUUUCUUUAAGAGAAAAUUAUAUUUAUCGCAUUUUACAUAUUGAGAUCCAUUGCUAUUGUGUAAAUCCAUUUCGCUUUAAACUUUGAUGUAUGGAAUUGUAUAAACUCAUGUAUGAGAUCCCAUCCUCCCUUUACUCACGAACGUGUCACUUAGAUGUGAAUCGCAGGUGCGUCAUGCAUUCUGAAACAAAAAUGUCAGUGUGGCUUGUAUCUGCUUCAUAUGUUGAUCAACAUGUUCAGUAGCGUCACGGGUGGAUCGUAUUCAGUUACAAGGCACCAUGUACAGAAAUAUGAGGCUGAAUUGCCUUUUUACGGGAAAAGAAACAUACUGAUGUUUUAUACCAAAAUGGCCAAAUGAAUCAUUUCCAGCAUUACGGGGAAGGGAAUGGCCAUUAAAAUGGGAAAAUUCAACUCUUCACUGUUGUUUAUUUGAGUGUAGGAAUCCGAUUGCUCUCUGAAUCAUUUGUAAAACGAGAAAAAUCAAAUCUAAUAAAAAAACAAAGAUUUUACAAAUGCUGUAUUUGAAUCCUACUUCAGAUUAAUAAUUUUUAAUUUCAAAGCGUUGAGAUUGCAUUAAGAUUUAUACCUAUGGGUUCGCAACAAGACCUUGGUAGAUCCUGCCAUCAUCACUCAUCCUUUACAAAUGACACCAAGCUCGCUGUCUUAUCUAUGCAGAGAUUAAUUUCAUUGAAAAACAUUUUAUUUAUAAUACGAAAUAGAAAGAAAUCACAAUGCCAUUUAUUGAAUGGUAUUAUCAAAAUCUAAUUCAUAGAUUAAUUUUAUAUUCAAUAAAUAAUAUUGCGAAGUCCUUUGUAUCCAUUUAUCCACCAAUAAUGUGAGAUCAUUUUAGUCUAUUUUUAUUAUAAAGAACUUCUUUGGCAACAUUCGUAUAAAUUGUUAAAUAAAUACAUAGAAUAAAGAACGGUAUUAAGAAUGAACUGUGGGAGGGGUUCCUUUCCAUUUUACCACACAGUCUUGGCGAAUGAAAUAAAAUUUCUGCCUCUGUUAUAAAAUGUGUACUCAUAAUCUUCAAUAUACUGGCAGUAGGUGUAUAGUAAUGAAACAAUUUUUUAUUUACACAAAGUCCGAGAGGGCAUCGCUCUUAUUGGUUGUCUUGAAUUUGUCGCCCAUGGUGUUUUUUUCAUGCUCUUCCCUGCACCAUUUACUGAAUAGAAGGGUUGUUCAUUAUUUUUUUUCGGAAAGCAAAAAUAUAAUUAUGUGAGUUGAUUUUUUUAUGAAUAAUGAAUCUACUACUUCUUUCAACUCUGUGUUUUUGUUUCUAAUGAUCGAAAAUAAGAAAAUUAAUGAAAUGUUGCCCAAGGGAAGACGAAGACACUAGUGGCUUUUCUAAAAGUUAUAUAUAUAACAGUUAAUGAAGACAUUUCAAUUGAAAUAACGAAAAAUUAUAAAGUAGAAAUUCAUUUUUAAAAUGACAGCUAUUUUAUAUUCUAAGAGAAUUCCAGAAUGUGCUUUUAUUUUUAUCCAAUUUCUUAUUUUAUAUCGAAGUGACUGGAUUCGAAAAUAAACGUGUCAUUCAUAAUGAUUGGCAGAAAAAGCAGGUAGACAAUAUUUUUCUAAUACAAUUAAUAAAUAGGAAAAAAUGAAUAAUUAUUGAAAGAUGGAAAAUUCUUGGGAACUGCUGGCUUGCACAUUUAAUAAUUAAUUAUAAUCUUCUCUGAUUAACAUAAUAGAUAUAAAAAAUUUGCAGCACUAUGUCUUUGUCAUAAGUUGUGAGUAGUAAAAAUAUUUGAGUGAAAAAUAUUAAGUAUCUUUCACUUUCUAUGCAUCCACUUUUACUUUUGUAUCUGUUGUUUAGAGACUGGUACAAAAUCAUUGGCAUGCCAUUUGAAUCAAUUUUCUUCCAAACGUGAAUUCUCAUAUACUUAACCCAUUUUUAUACUUUGCAUUUAAAGAAAAGAUCUGAUGUAUUUAUUGUAAGAUCUUCCCUCGGACCGGUGAGAUGCAUAAAGUUCAAACGUUUCUUUAUUGCAUCGUGCAUCCACUUCUUCCAAGAAGAGCUUUAGAAGAAUUAUUGUUAAAAGUUACGUGAAGCCGUUAAAACAGUAUAUUUAAAAGCGGUGAAACGUCGUGUAAGAAAGAUAUAGGUACAUGCAAAUACAAUCAUCUCUUUUGUUUUGCAGUAAUCAUAUGUUGGGGUAUUUAAACCCUUACUAAUCUCAUUCUGAGCUUACAGAAAUAUUUUCUAUUUAGAUGCAUUUGUAAAAUAUUAAUACUUUUUUUUUUUUUUUUUUUUUUGUAAUUUGCUUUAAAGCGAUAAAAUUUGUAUUAGCUUGAAUAUGUAGCAUCUUAACGUUCAAUUGGUUUCAAUAUCUAAAGCCACUGGAAUAAAAUGAAGUAAGUUGGCCAAGUAGAUUCAUGGCACCCAACAGACUUCAUUCAUCUCAUUUUCAAAAGAAAUUUUAUUAUAUUUCAAUGGAAUAAAUUUUCUUUUUUACCUUGUCCUUGCAAUCAUGUAGAAAGAAUAUGUCUAAUUGUACAUCAGUGUUGAAUGUAUUUUCAAUGUAAGCUGUAGUUUCCUUCAGUUGAUCAAAUUUUGUAAACUGCCGACUUUUAAUGGGACAGUUACUGAGUGCAUUUGGAGAUCACAUGUCCCCAUGUGAAUUCCACCCAUCCUUUUGUUGCACUCACCGUUUGGUCCAUUGCAAAUAAUGGUCUGCAAUCAUUCUGUUCAUUUUUAAAGCAAAUAUCUGUUCACUUGAUGUAUUGAUGUCGAAAACUCUUUGUGUGAGCAAACAAGGACUGGUGCUUGAACAUUUCUUUUCUUUCUGCAAUAUUUGUCAUUUUUAUUGAUGUAACUUUUAAUUUUCAGGAAAGUGUGUUGUAGAAAAUGUGUUCUUUGUUUGUUGUCUUGUCGAGAUAUUGAAAAUCUGCUCCCUUUCAUUUGUAGAUGAAAUAAAUAGCAUAA